GCAAACUGAGUUGCAAGAACUAUCACAUAGAAAGGCUAACAGCAGCUUGGGAAAGCUUUUCUUUCCCAAAGGCUAUCAUAAGCAGAAAGAAAAUGAAAAUAAUACUAGUAUUACUCUUUGUAAUUUCUCUAGUUGCUGCAACUAGAAUAGAUGGAGAUGAGUUUCCCUUUGUACCAGAAUCUCCUGAGCCAAGGUUUGCUAUGUUACAUGAUGUGCAAUUACUAGCCACCGGGCUGCUCCAGCUUGGGCGUGGCCUUAAAGACUUUGCCAUCAAGACCAAAGGCCAAAUGGAUGACAUCUUUCAGAAACUUCACCUUUUUGACCAAUCUUUUAAUGAGAUCUCAAAACAAGCCAAUGAGAUAAAAGAAGACGAGGAACAGCUAAAAAACACUACUUCUAUGUUGCAAGUCAAUAACGAAGAGAUAAGGAACAUCUCUGUGGAGCUGAAUUCCAAGAUAGAAAUACUUUCACGGGAGAAGAUUCAACUUCAGGAUAAAGUAGGGAAGCUGGAAGAAAAAAUAACCAAAUUGUUUCAGACCCAGAUUGAAAAUCCGGAGCCUGAAGAAAUUGCAUCACUUAAAAACUUCGUUGAGCAGCAGGACAACCACCUCAGAUCCCUUCUCAAAAUAGUUCAAGCGCAGCAUGUUCAAAUUGGCAAACAACAAGAACAAAUAGAAGACCUGGAAGAGAAGCUAAGCAGCCCUGGUUUUCAAGACAGCAAACAGACUUUAUUCCCCUUGAGAGAAGAAAAUGAAACAAGGCAAACUAAACUUAAUACAACAACUAAAGUUCAAGAUUACAAAGGCAAUGCUACUGAUUGCAUGUGGAUAUACAGCAGAGGUGAAAGAUCUAGUGGCAUUUAUUCUAUUAAGCCCAGAGGAUCUGAGGCUUUUAAUGUCUACUGUGAAAUCAAAGCAGAAAGUGCAUGGACAGUUAUUCAAAACAGAUCAGAUGGAUCACUAGAUUUCAACCAAACCUGGGAGAACUAUAUGAAUGGAUUCGGCAACCUUGAUGGAGAAUUUUGGCUGGGCCUACAAAAGAUCUAUUCCAUUGUAAACCAAGGUGACCACAUCCUGCGUAUUGAGCUGGAAGACUCAAGAGCUAACAAACGUUAUAUUGAAUAUACAUUCACAAUGGGAGGUUCAGAAACAGACUACACUGCUCUUCUCUCCAGGAUUACUGGGAAUAUCCCUAAUGUUUUGCCUGAACAGAAAGAAGUGAAGUUCUCUACAAAAGAUCACAACAGCAAUACUGAAAGAAAAGUCAAAUGUCCAGAAAACAAUUCAGGUGGUUGGUGGCAUACUGCAUGUGAAGAAACAAACUUGAAUGGAAAAUAUAUCAAGUCAAGUUCAAGAGGAAAACUGGAAAGGAAAAAGAGAGUGCUCUAUUGGAAGCCUCAGAAAGGACGACCCUAUUUUAUCAAAUCAACCAAACUGAUGAUACAUUCUACAGAUUUUGAAAAUUUUGACUGAGCAUCACCAUUUAGAGUCUAUCUAAUAAAGAACAUACCUCUGUCAGA